ACCACAAACCGCACACCCGUGCAAAGAAACUGAUUCGUUCGUUUAGACAUUGGACUAAUUUUUGGUGCGCUUGAAAUUUUUUCAGAAAAGAAUCUGUGUAAGAGAGUGUCUAUUGUAAACGAAUCCUCCAAAACACAUUUAAACACUUCAAACUUACCAUAGUUCUGUCCUACAUUAGAAGACUGAUCUACUUGAAAAGACAUCCAUUAUGUUGGCCGUUCAAAAUAAGCUAUGUGCUCGAUCGGUUGUGAGGUCGAUGUCUGUUCAAUCUCCAGUCGUUAUAGCGUUAAAUGGUUUUCAAAGACGACAUUUCCGACUUUUGCAAAAGAAAAAUCACUCGGAUUCCCUAGAAAACAGCACGGCUCCUCGUAAGCCUGUGUCUCAGAACCUUGGUAAGGUUUCGCUUUUGACUUCUUUAAAAGAGAAAGCAAAUUUUAUAGUUGGCAGCAAUCGUACCGCUUCAAAUAGUACGCUAGUAGCCUCUUCCAUGAUAUGGCCUCACAAUCUUUUACAAAGCCUCGUUCAGUCGAUACACGUUUGGUCUGGUAUGCCUUGGUGGGCUUCCAUCGCCGCAACGGCUAUUGGAAUGCGUUUAACUAUGCUUCCUCUGAUGAUUAAGAUGAUGCGAACUUCUUCUAAGCUCGCAGUUAUCAACCCUCAAGUUUCUCAACACAUGGUUGCUUUGCAAAAGGCCAAGGCGGAAAACAACAGUACUGGUAUGUCGGAAGCGACCACUAGAAUUCAAGAACUUUAUCGUUCCAACAAUGUCAAUCCUUUGAGUCUUCUUACUGCUCCCGUGGUGCAAGGUAUUGUCUUUAUAAGUUUCUUUUAUGCUUUGAAAUGUAUGGCCGGUGUCCCUGUCGAAGGCUUCCUAGAAGGUGGAUUUUUGUGGGUGCAAGAUUUAACCAAAGCUGACCCUUAUGCGGUUUUCCCAAUUUUGAACGGACUUUUAAUGCUUUUCAAUAUCGAAGCUGGUAGUGAAACUGGCACCAACAAAGCAGCCAUGGCACCAGGAAUGAAGCGCUUCUUCAGAUUACUAUGUGCCGCCAGUCCUGUCUUUACUAUGAGUUUCCCAAUGGCCAUUUUUAUGUAUUGGGUUCCCAGUAACGUCUUUAGUGUUUUCCAAGGCCUCUUGUUGAAAAACCAAUCUUUGCGAAACAAAUUGGAUCUUCCAGAAGUGCCCGCUGCCGAUAAGCUGGCCGCUCCUCCUCAAAACGAAUCUUUCCUUCGAUCCUUCACCGGCAUCAUAAAUGGGGUUCGUGAACAAAAGAAGUAUCCCGAAGCAUCUGAUAUCCUGAAGCCUUUCCAUAAAGUGAAUGACCAAGAGCCGAACCCUACCCAACAACGCACUUAUAAUAACCCGGCUUCCAAAUCCCCUACCGAUACUUCUUCCAAUCUUUAAAUGAACAAUGUUUAUUUUUCUCGUGAAUUUGCAUUCAUACCACUUUACCAUUUUAAUAUAUCUACAAGCAUCUCUUUUCCCCCAAGAUAUCUCUUCAUACAUUACGAUGACUGGCAUGAAAUGCCUGAAAGUAUAUAUUGCUGACUUACGGAGACUGUUUUCUCUACAACAUACGAAUUUCUUCUUUCUUUCUCAUUUGCCAUGAUUACUCAUUUGAAUAAUACUUUUUGUUUUAUUUUCAUUUAAGUCAAUUUUGUGAAAGGUAACCAUAAAAUAUGCAACGAAUAUAAUACCAUUAUGCACACAAAUAAAACGCUCGAAAUGUUGCCAAGAACGGGAUGGAUUUUUUUUUUUAAAAAAAGGCCCAAUUUGUAAUAGAAUCCUCGCUUCUUUUUCAUAGUAAAAGUUCUAAUCUCAUACGGU